GCGUGUGAAGAUGGCGGCGGCUGGGGCGUCGUCCAGGGAGCAGCAGCUGGCGAGCUGGUGCACUGAACAGUUACGGAGAACUUUCGGGCUGGACGUCAGCGAGGAAAUCGUGCAGUAUGUUUUGUCUAUUGAGAGUCCUGAAGAAAUACGAGAAUAUGUCACUGAUCUCCUUCAGGGAAAUGAGGGCAAGAAAGGCCAAUUCAUAGAAGAGCUUAUAACCAAAUGGCAAAAGGACGAUCAGGAGUUGAUUUCUGAUAAUCCGCAGCAGUCCUUAAAAAAGGAUGACAUUUCAGAUGGACAGAAGUCAGGAGACCAACUAAAGAGGAGUCGGAGGAAAGGGAGAAACCGACAGGAAUUCCCUGCAUUUGCUGAACCUGAUGCAGCCGUCGAAGUCAAAACCCCUUUUGAUUUGGCCAAGGCACAGGAGAACAACUCUUUGAAGAAGAAGACAAAGUUUGUCAGUUUGUACACAAAGGAGGGACAGGACAGACUUGCAGUUCUAAUCCCUGGGCGUCAUCCUUGUGACUGCCUGGGCCAGAAGCACAAACUCAUCAAUAACUGUCUGGUUUGCGGCCGCAUCGUCUGUGAACAAGAGGGUUCUGGCCCCUGCUUAUUCUGCGGUUCUCUGGUGUGUACUCGUGAGGAACAGGAUAUUUUACAGCGUGACUCGAACAAAAGCCAGAAGCUCUUCAAGAAGCUCAUGGCAGGGACAGAAAAUUCUGGAAAGAUUGAUCUCUCUACCAAGGACCUUCUUCCUCACCAGGAGCUCAGAAUUAAGUGUGGUCUGGAAAAGGCUAUCAAGCAUAAAGACAAGCUAUUAGAAUUUGACAGAACUAGCAUUCGAAGAACCCAAGUUAUUGAUGAUGAAUCAGAUUACUUUGCCAGUGAUUCUAAUCAGUGGUUGUCAAAAAUUGAGCGAGAAGCCCUACAGAAACGAGAAGAGGAACUGAGAGAAUUUCGACAUGCUUCUCAGCUCUCUAAGAAGAUCACCAUUGACUUUGCAGGCAGGAAGAUAGUGGAAAGUGAGAAUCCACUAGCAGAGUAUCACAACAAACUAGAUGAGACAAUACAGGCCAUUGCCAAUGGAACCUUCUACCAACCACCGACCAAAUUGGAUAGAUCUUCUGAUGAACCUUUAGGAGUUUUGGUGAACCCAAACCUGUACCAUCCCCCUCCCCAGUGGAUUGACCAGACAGGUGCUGUCUCCCAGAAAAAAGCUUUUCAGCGUGCAGGAUCAGAACCAGAGUCCAGCUCCUACCGGCACCAGUUGCGGAUCCAGGACCAGGAGUUUCAGGAAGGUUUUGAUGGUGGCUGGUGCCUCUCCAUGCAUCAACCCUGGGCUUCUCUGCUGGUCAGAGGAAUUAAAAGGGUGGAGGGCAGAAGCUGGUACACUCCUCACAGAGGACGACUUUGGAUUGCAGCUACAGCCAAAAGACCUGCCCCUCAAGAAGUCUCCGAACUGCAGGCCACAUACAGCUUGCUUCGUGGGAAAGAUGUGGAAUUUCCCAGUGACUAUCCAUCAGGCUGUCUUCUAGGCUGUGUGGACCUAAUUGAUUGCUUGUCCCAGAAGCAAUUUAAGGAUCAGUAUCCAGACAUGAGUCAAGAAUCAGAUUCUCCGUUUGUUUUCAUCUGUGCAAAUCCCCAGGAAAUGAUUGUGAAGUUUCCUAUUAAAGGAAAUCCAAAAAUCUGGAAACUGGAUUCCAAGAUCCAUCAAGGAGCAAAGAAGGGGUUAAUGAAGCAGAAUAAAGCCUUCUGACCCAGGAGAAAAGGGACUGUACAGCUGUGUGGAGUUUUGUGUACUGAAGUUGCUAUCCACUGGUCCUUUGGAAUUGAAACAGUAGAAAUCUAAAGGCUUGGUGUCAGUCUUAAAUCUCUCAGAAUUUUAACUCUUACCAAAAUCUGUAUAUUUUUCUUAUGGAGUGGGAUUCUUAACUUUGUGAAGAAGAUCAAAAAUCUUUGAAUACUUUAUUUAUAAAGACCUGUUUUAAAACUUC